GAUCUGCUGCUGGUGCUUCUAUAGGACGGCGUGCGACGUGCUCUGUUUCUGUGGUGGCUGCUGAGCCAGAUAUGGGCACCUCGUUUUCUAAGAGUUUUGCUGUUCUUGCUCUCCUCUGCGUGCUUCUUCCCUGCCAUGCCAAGCUCUCUACCAAGUUCUACGCUAGGUCGUGCCCCGACGUGGCCACCAUCGUGAGGUCGGUGAUGGCUCAGGCCGUGGCCAAGGAGCCGCGGAUGGGCGCCUCCAUCAUCCGGCUCUUCUUCCACGACUGCUUCGUCAAUGGGUGUGACGCUUCCAUCCUCCUGGAUGACACGCCGACGUUCACCGGCGAGAAGAACGCCGGCGCGAACGCCAACUCCGUCCGCGGGUACGAGGUGAUCGAUGCCAUCAAGGCGCAGGUCGAAGCGGCCUGCAAGGGCACCGUGUCGUGCGCCGACAUCGUCGCCCUGGCAUCUCGCGACGCCGUAAACUUGCUCGGGGGCCCGACGUGGAACGUGCAACUCGGCCGGAAGGACUCGCGCACGGCGAGCCAGAGCGCCGCCAACGCCAACCUGCCGGGCCCGGGCUCCAGCGUCGGGUCCCUCGUCUCCGCGUUUGCGGCGAAGGGGCUCUCGCCGCGCGACAUGACGGCGCUCUCGGGCGCGCACACCGUCGGGAGGGCGCGCUGCCUCUUCUUCCGCGGCCGAAUCUACACCGAGCCCAACAUCAACGCCACCUUCGCGGCGGCGCGGCGGCAGGUGUGUCCGCAGAGCGGCGGGGACGGCAACCUCGCGCCGUUCGAUGAUCAGACACCCGACGCGUUCGACAACGCCUACUACAGGAACCUAGUGGCGCAACGCGGGCUGCUGCACUCCGACCAGGAGCUCUUCAACGGCGGGCCGCAGGACGCGCUGGUGAGGAAGUACAGCGGCAAUGCCGGCAUGUUCGCCACCGACUUCGCCAAGGCGAUGGUGAAGAUGGGUGGCCUUGCGCCGGCGGCUGGGACGCCGACGGAGGUCAGGUUGAACUGCGGUAAAGUAAACUAGAGUGGCUACAUACGUGAUGGUUUUUUUUUUUUCUUCUUUUCUUUCUGAUAACCAGAAUUUAAUCGAAGUGUUAUUUUUGUGGGAUUGUUCUGAGUGGGACAGGAGUGUAGGCUUUGAUCUUU